GGCUUACAUCACGCAGACGGUCCGUGUUUAUCACCUGGAACAUAAGAGUGUGUGUAGUGUCUCCAGCCGUCAGUACCGCGUCAUCUCACUGUCUCACAGCCGCAGGCAUGGCUCUGUCUCUGGGGUGGCUCUCAGCCCUGGCCGCGGGUCUUUUCUCCGCUCAUGUCUUACAGAAACUGUGCUUCCCGUACUUUUGGAGGGACCUCCUGUUUCUGCUGAAGGUGAUCAGGUACGGCGUGAAGUUGGAGCUGUUCAAGCUGACAUCCAGCGUGUGUACGGUCCUGGACCGGUUCAUCCAGCAGGCGCAGCUCAUCCCUGACAAGCCGUUCGUCAUCUUCAACGGAAGCAUCCACACCUACCGGGACGUGGACAGACGCAGCAACAGACUCGCCAAUGUUUUCCUGGAGAGAGCGAACUUGAGGAAAAGAGACUGCGUUGCCUUGCUCAUGAGCAACGAGCCCGACUUCCUGUGCGUGUGGUUCGGGUUGGCAAAGGUCGGCUGCUCGGUUGCUUUCCUGAACACCAACAUCAAACCGAAGUCUCUGCUGCACUGCUUCAACUGCUGCGGAGCCAAAACUCUCAUCGUUGGUUCAGAUUUGGUGGAGUGUCUGGAUGGCAUCUUAACCACCCUGCUGGAGGACAACAUUCAGGUGUGGUCCAUGAAGAGCCAGAGUGAGCACGCACAGGUGCACACUGUGUUGGAUAAGAUUGAUGCCGCCUCUGACCAGCCUGUACUAGCCGCGUUACGUACCACCACCUCCCUCAAAUCCCCCACCCUCUACAUCUUCACCUCUGGAACCACUGGGCUCCCUAAGGCCGCAGUGAUCACUCACCUCCAGAGCUUGAAGGCAGCAGCUGGUUUUUGGGCGUUUGGGGCGACUAAAGAUGAUGUGAUGUACAUCCCUCUGCCACUCUACCACAGUGCUGCUUCCUUGAUCGGCAUAGGAGGAACCAUAGAGCUGGAAUCUGUCUGUCUGUGUACUUGCGUUAUCCCAAGUGUUUCCAACAAUGUUCAAACUUCAAACUUAGAGAAAUCUGUCAUUUUAACACUGCGUUUCACCGGUCGCCUGUCAAUGGCGUCAUAUCCCCUUUGUGCAGCGACUUUUUAUCCAGUUUUGAGCCACAUUUCUGAUGUCCUCACUUCCUUCUCCUUCCAUCAGACCGAGGUGGAUAAAGUCCACAAGGUGCGGAUGGGCGUCGGGAACGGGCUGAGGCAGGACGUGUGGCGGGAGUUCCAGAAUCGCUUUGGAAACAUAAAAAUGUGUGAGGUGUAUGGCUCCACCGAGGGGAAUCUGUGCUUCAUGAAUCACAUCGGCAAGAUUGGAACUGUGGGCCGCUCAAACUCCAUCUACAGACUCUUGUUCAAGUAUGACCUGGUCAAGUAUGACAUGAUGAAAGAUGAACCGGUGAAAGAUCAGGAUGGUUUCUGUCAGCGAGUAAAAAAAGGUGAGACAGGGCUUUUACUGUCCAAGGUAAGCGCCACUAGCCCGUUCUUCGGCUACGCUGGAAGCAAGCAGCUGACUGAGAAGAAGCUAAUGAGAAAUGUGUUCGUGAAGGGAGACGCCUACUUCAACACAGGAGACUUAAUGGCUGAAGACCAGGAGGGCUUUAUCUGCUUCAGAGACAGAGUGGGAGACACCUUCAGGUGGAAGGGUGAAAAUGUAGCAACAACAGAGGUAACAGAGACUCUUGGGCUGGUGGAAUUUAUCCAAGAAGUCAACGUGUAUGGAGUGGAAAUACCAGGGCACGAGGGCAGAGCAGGAAUGGCUGCCAUUAUUGUGAGACCAGGCCUCACGUUCAAUGGGAAGAAGCUGUUUGAGCAUGUGCUGAGGGAUCUGCCGGUAUAUGCUCGUCCACUCUUCAUAAGGCUUCAGGAGGUCAUGGAAAUGACGAGUACCUUCAAGCAGCAGAAGUUCCAGCUGGUGCAGAGCGGCUUCAACCCCUCUACAAUCUCUGAUCCUCUCUAUGUGUUGGACUACCAGCAAAACGCCUACAUUCCUCUUACAGAUAGUAUCUACCAGAGCAUCUUUGCAGGAGAACGCAAGCUAUAGAACUCACAAGUACGGGUGUGUCGGCGUGGAAACACAAAGAAGGAUAGAAGAGAGCUCUGCAUACUGCAGGAUUUUAUAUGUAAAUGAAACCAGAGAGACUACAAUUACAUUCUGAAUGAAAAGCCAUAAUCUAGUUAGUGAAUGAGAGGAUUAGGAUGAGUUGACUGUAUACUCAGGAACAGUAAUGUUCCUAUGAGAUAUUUUCAGAUAAAUAAUAUGAACCUGAACGUACCACUGUGAAACAACAACUCCUUAAAUGAACCUUGUUUAAUCUCAAUUUACCCCUCAAAACACCCCAAACACCUGACUGAAACAAGCUGUUUAACCAGAAAUCCCUUCAUCUCUCCAUUUGUUCAAAAACUUAAAAAAAAAACUAAUUUAAAAGCCCUUAAUACAUGAUAUCAGUAGAUUUUAGUUAUGUGUUAUUGUGGUCUAUUCGGUGAGAUUUUGAUUAACAUUAGGGGUCUUAAAUAUGAUUUUCAUCUAUAAAUGAUCGACAUUUUAAUGGAUUAUUUAAGUAUUUAAUAGGUUUACUAAAUCGCUCUGAUUGGUUGUUUUCAUUCAGGCCCAGUGGAUUCUUGCAA